AUGAGCAUCAAGCUCGUUGAUUUCUCCGAGUCCUCUCUUAUGCCGCUCGACCGGAACCUAGACAACUGUGACGUAAAUAGCUUUUCAAUCUGGGGCCGACGUUGGACGAGUCUGGGGGGAUGGAUAUUCGACAUGACGCCGGGCCAGCGUUGUGCCUUUGACAUUUAUCAGGGUUGGAAGCAGCCAGAAGACCCGACCACCUGGCGACGACGGCAACAUCUCCUGUCAACCAACGGAGUAUGGCUAGGUUCGGUUAUCCAGAAAUGCUGGACCAAGGACUUUGAGUCGGCGCAAGAUCUUGUAGAGCUGGAAAGGGCUCGCGCCUCUGCUCUGCUUGUGGCGGCGGGAGCGGAAAUCAGCUAUUCUGCCUCGUCCAGCAAGGACUCCCUUUGA